UCCAAAGCAUUAGGAUGGCACGCAUUAAAUAUUAUUCUAUACGUACGGACCACUGUAACUCUUAGCAUCUGAUUUUACUGUACAUUAUAAUAAAAGAUAUAAAGAUAGUCACAACGAUAUAAUCAACAAACAAUAUUGUUUGAGAUAUAUUGACGUGGUAAAGUACGGUUACUUUUCCACGGAUACUCUGCCAAGUUAAGAACAGCGUUUUGCUUGCAUUGCUAUUAUAAGUUUUCUUUACGAAACGUUGACUUUUUCCUAGCUUGCAGGAAAAAACUUUUUGUUCCUUUCCCCAUGAAAGAAAAUCAAAUAGAUCUGCACGCAACCCCUUCGAAAGUUUCUCUACGCAUACAUUAGCCAUCUGCUUGACGUGGCUUUUCAGUCCCCUUGAUACGCAGGCGCACGUGAAUUAUGAAUUACGUUUGUACUCAUCGAAGGAUACUGUACGCUGCUGCGAUCAGUGACGAACAGACACGGUUCGCAUCGGUAUCGUGCGUUACAGAAGUGUUUCCAUGCUGCAUGAUAUCAUCGUGCUAUAAAGUAAAAAGACUUCGUAUAAGAAAUUGUAAAAUCAAUCCGUCUCUCAAAAUGUUUGCAAACAAGUAUUACGAACGCGACAUAGAGAACGCUUUCGCGAUGAAUCGCUUCUUCUUUCGCAUGUUAGGCAUAUGGCCAUUCGCGCGCACGAAUUCCAUUCAUCUGGAGCUGAUAGAGAGAGUCACGCUGGCCUUUGUGUGUAUCGGUCUUAUCUUGUGCGAGACAAUCUCGACUGUACUCUACAUGUUCAUGAUACUGACGGACAUUCGUUUGAGGCUGAAAGUCGUGGGCUGCACGAUAUACUCGUUAGUAGGAAUAAUUAAAUACGGCUACCUGCUAAUUAACAAGAAUCAAGUACGAAACUGUCUAAUGCUGGUCGACGAAGACUGGCGAAACGUCGUCAAUCCAACCGAUCGCACCGCGAUGAUCGACAAAGUCAGAACUGGCAAACGUCUGAUUGUGAUGUGCGCACUAUUUGCAUAUCUUACCGGCGUGGGUUUCCGAAUGAUCACGCCUUUGUCACUGGGGAAGAUCGUUACUCCUCAGAAUGUCACGAUCAGACCAUUGCCGUGCGCGGCCCACCUCGUUAUAUUUGACGUUCAGCGUACCCCCGUUUACGAAAUCGUAUAUCUCAUGCAAUUUUGUACGGGAUUUAUUAAGUACACGAUCACGGUGGCAACCUUUAGUUUCGUGACAUUUUGCGCGAUGCACUUUUGCGUGCAGUCGGACAUACUCAUAACGUUAAUGAAUGAUUUCGUGAAUGAGAGUCGACCGGAGAACUUGAACAAGAAGUUGGCCACUAUCGUGGAGCAUCAAAUUAAAAUAAGAAAGCUGAAAGUCAUGGGCGCGGUGAUAUACUCGAUAGUGGGAAUAAUCAAAUACGUUUACGUGCUGUUUUACAAGAAUCAAGUACGAAACUGUCUAAUGCUGAUCGAUGAAGACUGGCGAAACGUCGUCAAUCCAAGCGAUCGCAUCGCGAUGAUCGACAAAGUCAGAACUGGCAAACGUCUGAUUGUGAUGUGCGCACUAUUUGCAUAUCUGACCGGUUUGGGUUACCGAAUGAUCAUGCCAUUGUCAAUGGGGAAGAUCGUUACCCCUCAGAAUGUCACAAUCAGACCAUUGCCGUGCCCGGCCCAUCUUGUUAUAUUUGACGUGCAGCGUAGUCCCACUUACGAAAUCAUGUUUUUCAUAGAAUUUAUUGCGGGAUUUAUAAAGUACACGAUUACGGUGGCAACCUUCAGUUUCGUGACCAUUUGCGCGAUGCACUUUUGCGUGCAGUCGGACAUACUCGUGACGUUAAUGAAUGAUUUCGUGAAUGAGAGUCGACCGGAAAACUUGAACAAGAAAUUGGCCACUAUCGUGGAGCAUCAAAUUAAAAUAAGAAAUUUCUUACAAUUGGUGCAGAAUACCACACAGUAUCCAAAUUUAAUAGAAGUCAUGGGAUCAACCUUGCUGAUAUGCCUCGCGGGUUAUUACAUGAUGAUGGUGCGCAGAAAUAUUUAUGAGUGGGAAAAUUAUAAUAUUGUUGGAUUGUGCUCAUUUAUCAUUGCGCUAACAAUGCUCUGUUUCAACAUAUUUAUAUAUUGCUACAUGGGCGAGCAAGUCGUCGAUCAGAUGUUUGCCAACAAGUAUUACGAACACGACAUAGAGAACGCUUUCGCGAUGAAUCGCUUCUUCUCUCGCAUAAUAGGCAUAUGGCCAUUCGCGCGCACGAAUUCCAUUUGUCUGGAGCUGAUAGAGACAGUUACGUUGGCUUUUGUGUGUAUCGGUCUUAUCUUGUGCGAGACGAUCCCGACUGUGCUCUAUAUGUUCAUGAUACUGACGGACGUUCGUUUGCGGUUGAAAGUCGUGGGCACGAUGAUAUACUCGAUAGUGGGAAUAAUCAAAUACGGUUACGUGCUGUUUUAUAAGAAUCAAGUACGAAACUGUCUAAUCCUGAUCGAUGAAGACUGGCGAAACGUCGUCAAUCUAAACGAUCGCAUCGCGAUGAUCGACAAAGUUAGAACUGGCAAACGUCUGAUUGUGAUGUGCGCACUAUUUGCAUAUCUGACCGGUCUGGGUUACCGAAUGAUCAUGCCGUUGUCAAUGGGGAAGAUCGUUACCCCUCAGAAUGUCACAAUCAGACCAUUGCCGUGCCCGGCCCAUCUUGUUAUAUUUGACGUGCAGCGUAGUCCCACUUACGAAAUCAUUUUCUUACAAUUGGUGCAGAGUACCAUUCAGUAUCCGAGUUUAAUAGAAGUCCUGGGGUCUACUUUCAUGCUAUGCCUAGUAGGAUAUUACGUGAUCAUGGAAUGGGAAAAUCAUAAUAUUGUUCGACUGGUCGCAUUUUUUAUUGCGCUAAUAAUGCUCUGUUUCAACGUAUUUAUAUAUUGCUACAUGGGCGAGCAAGUCAUCGAUCAGAUAAAAAUGUAUCGAAAUGAAAAUUACGAAACCGAUAUAAAAUAUACUAUACAAUUAAAUCGCGUCAUUUUCAGUCUAUUGGGCAUCUGGCCGGAGACAGAGCCCACCUUUCUAAAAUAUCUCAAGGAACUUUCGCUGAUAUUAGGCUGCUACUUUAUUCUCGCUUUCGAGCUAAUUCCGACAAUCUUGUUCGUAGUGUUCGUAGAAAAACGACUCGUCGUCAGAAUGAAACUUGUAUCGUCUAUAAUGUUCACGAUACUUGCAGUCCUCAAGUAUAGCAGCCUGGUACUCAGCAAGAACCAAGUAAGAAAUUGUCUGACGCGAGUGAAGGACGAUUGGCAAAAUGUCUCCAGCAUGAGCGAGCGCAAUUCCAUGAUUGACAAAGCCAGGACUGCGAGACGUUUGCUCAUUCUGUGCGGUAUAUUCAUGUACACCUCUGGCUUGUAUUUUCGUACGGUCGUGCCGUUAAGCAGAGGAAAGUCCGUCACCGAUCAGAACGUCACGAUCAGGCACUUGCCGUGCCCGAGUUAUUUCAUUCUGUUCAACGGGCAAAUCAGUCCCGCUUACGAAAUCGUGUUCUUUAUACAGUUCCUCGCCGGAAUGAUUAAGUACACCAUCACAGUGGCGAUCUGCAGUCUCGCCGCUCUGCUCGUCAUGCAUAUAUGCGGGCAGCUGGAGAUCCUGAUGGCAUUAACAGACAACAUGGUAAACGAAAUGGAGGAGAAACAAUUGGACAGAAAGCUAACCUUGAUCGUAGAACAUCAGAUCAGAAUGCGGAAUUUCUUAAAAUUGGCGCAGAGCACUUUGGAGCAUACGAGCUUGAUGGAAGUAUUGGGAUGUACGAUAAUUUUAUGUUUCUUAGGACACGAUAUUAUCAUGGAGUGGAAAAAUCAAAAUGUUAUAUCUUUGUUCUCCUCUGUUACUCUACUUACGUCAAUUGGGUUCAACCUUUAUAUAUUUUGUUUUAUCGGUGAACAACUUUCUGUAGAGGGAGAGAGAUUAGCAUUAACAGUGUGUACGUUGGAUUGGUAUCGUCUUCCGAAUGCAAAAGCACGAUCAUUGGUUUUAGUCAUAGCCAUGUCGAUUGUCCCGACGAAAAUUAGAGCCGGGAAGUUCUUCGAUCUUACUAUCAGAACUUUCGGAGAUAUCGUUAAGACGAUUGUGACGUAUGUUAAUUUUAUUCGGAAAAUGAUGGACUAGUAAUUCGACGCCCUGCACUAAAAUAUCUUACUGCUACUUUCUAGCAGGCGUGGAGAUGUAGCGUCGUUCGGUAGAAAUAUUAAUAAAAGAAUAGAAAUAUUAAAUUAAAAAAUAUUGUAUAACGCAAAUUUUCUCUCAACACUUACCAUAGAAAAAAUGAGAUAUUUUGCGAAA